AUGCAAACGGCUUCCUUGACGGUAUCGGGCGGGAAGAAAUCUAAAAGCGGGAUAUCAAAAAAAGAACAUCAACAUGCACAACAACUGCACCAGCGAGUCAAUUUAUCACAAAUUAAAAAGCUGAUAGAUAGGCAUUUGGACGAUCGAAAAUCGCUCUAUUGGAAUACGUUUAUUAAAUACCUUCAAGCUAAAUUAUCAAAAACCGAAUGGGAUCACUUUGUGAAAAUAACUUUUGGAUAUGAAUUUAUUGCACUCCAUAAUUAUUUUAUUAAGAGCUUAUUAUUCAAUGCCAGAGUUUCUACGUUCCAUCAAUUACAUUCAAUAGGAGGAAAUAAUCAAAAUAAUAGGACUAGAACUACAGGACUGAAUAGUAUGAUGAUGCUCAUGAAAAAGGAAUCAUUGAACAAUCUCUUUCCAGUUUCAAUUCACAGAUCAAUUGUUGCACCUCCCUUUGAUGCCUCUCGUAAAAUUAAUUUAUUGUCUCAUUCCAUAUCUAGCUCAACAUCUUCACAGUACUCUUCACAAAGUGCAUCACACUAUGAAAAGCAACAUUUUUCACUUUCUAGGGAUUUUAUUGAACGAAAAAUGAAUAAGAUUGCCAAUGACAUGGGAUUGUUGAAUGGUGUCGAUGGAGACUCUGUUAAUUUAUUACUCAUAUCUGCAGAGUCUUAUUUGAAAUAUUUCAUUUCAAAAUGUUUACAAUAUAAAAGCUCACAGAGAUGCCAGAACACUAGAGGAGAACACAAUCCAAUGACCACAACAAUGAUGGAUGAAGAAGAGAGUGACGAGCAAGCAGAAGAAAAUGGAGUUAAGAAUGCUGCCACUACCUCAGUAUCUCGAUCAUUCAUCAAACCUGAACCUGGAUCCUAUCUUGUACAAGACGGCAACUAUAUUCACAGUUACCGACAUUACACAGAUGAAUUGACAUAUCUAACCAAUGCUAAUAACGAAGAAGAGCCACGGGAAGAUAUUGACAAGUUUGUCAUUACACCUAAAGACUUGGUCAUGACCAUACAAGCAUGUCCUAAUCUCACCGAUAACAUGACCAUCAAGGAAAAGAUAUUAGACAUGGAAUGGGAUAUGUACAAUUAA